UCGGCUUCAAGCUCCAGCAAAAGUUGCGACACUCCGCCAUCAGCCUUGUUCUUUUUUCUUCUUUAUGUAGGCGGCCAUGUCCAUUCCCGGCCUUGGGCAAAUCCCGGUACAAGCGGCCGUUUCCUCGACACGAACCAUUUCCCUCCGUCCGGCUUGGGAAUGGCGAUUCCAAGUGCCCCCGGGCAGUUCCCUCACCCUUAAGGUCCUCUCGGGGACCGCCGAAAAGGACGGCGUCGAAUUGCCGCUGCGCAAUGCCUACACCUUCUCCGGCAUCAAGUCCAAGAUCCUGACAUGGCACGGCUGCGAGCUGGAGAUUGACGGGCGGUGCGACAAUGACUCUAUCGCCGAGUACUCGAAUCCGGCUGCGAACCCGGCGACUUCGCAUGUUAAUCUCCAUGCGCGGCUCAACGACAUGCGCGUUGACGCCUUCAGACAGCGCCGCGAGGGGCCUAGAGUGCUGGUGGUUGGGCCGCCUAGCUCGGGCAAGACGACGGUGGCCAAGACGUUGACGAGCUAUGCGACGCGCCAGGGAUACCAGGUGAUUACGGUCAAUGCGAAUCCCAAGGAGGGCAUGCUGAGCCUGCCGGGGACGCUGAGCGCCAGCGUGUUUGCGACGGUCAUGGACCCUGAGGCUGUGGACGGCUGGGGGUCGACGCCGACGAGCGGACCGAGCACGAUACCUGUCAAGUUGCCGAUGGUGUUCAACUACGGUAGAGAAUCUGCGGAGGAUGAUGAGGAUCUUUAUCGCGAACUUAUUGCUAGGCUGGCUGGAGCGGUUAGCAGCCGGUUGAGUGAGGACGACGAGGUCAAGGGGUCGGGGGUCAUUGUGGACGGGAUUGGAAUCAGCGAGGACGGUCAGUUCGGGCUAGAGCUGGUGGCACAUAUUGUUGAUGAGUUUUCAGUCAACAUUGUGGUGGUGGUUGGGUCACCUAAAAUCCACGCUCAACUCUCGAGCCGGUUUGCUACGGAAAAGACAAGUCUUGGGGAGGCGAUACAGGUGGUUUCCAUUGACAAAUCCGAUGGAGUAGUGGAAAGGGACGAGGCGUUUCUGGAACAGUCGCGCGAGGCUGUGAUUAAAGAAUACUUUUUUGGAGACGCAAAGAGGACGUUGAGCCCACAGAUUCAACAGGUCGACUUUGAUAGUCUGGUCAUUUACAAGCUGGCAGACUAUUCACCUGAUGAAAAGCACAGCUUGGUCACGGAAGAGCCCUCGUCUCUCAUGCAGCAUUGGACUUUUGCAGUUAUGAACGCUUCUGUGCGUGAUAGCCCAGACGUGGUUCGCGCGGCUGAUGUUAUGGGCUUUGUCUAUGUGGCGGACGUGGACGAGGAUAGGCGGAAGAUUAAGAUUUUGGCCCCGGUGAGCGGGAGACUGGGAGAUAGACCGCUGGUAUGGGGCAAGUGGCCAGAGCCCUACAUUAACUUGUUGGGAUAGAAAAUGUCUUGGAGAAAGCAAGUCAAAAGUUUGUCAUGAAUAUUGCGUGCACGAUGGUGUGACUUGGACUUGGUGUGAUGUUUAACACGUCUUGACAGGUGACUGACAGACUCGAGGGCUUGUGUUGCCUAAGGAAUUCGUUUUAUGCGAGGGAUGAAAGUACGACGUUCUAUCUCGAUUGCAAGACCAGCACGCUGGUGUUUGGUUGGCUGCGCCUUCGUACUUGGAGCACUUUAUGCUGUCUGAUGUAUCAGGUGGCAUUGCCAAGGUACACCAUAUGCAGCAACGACAUCACAUGGUGCAGUUUUAUCCGAACAGAAGCGAACAAGAAGAGGUAAUUUGACAAAAAGACCAACGCAAGGAGAGGGGGCAAGGGGGAGGCUUAGCAUCGGUUUUGCGAUUUAGAAGUUGGUCCUCUGGUAAAUGAUACGGUGAACACGCGUCGAGCCAAGAAAGAACGGAG